AGAACUCCCCCUAAGAGGAAGUAUCUCAGGAACGUAAAACAAGAAUGUAUUAUUCUCAGCAGAUGUUACAGUAUUCAGCAUGAGAUAAUCUCCACUGGAUCCAGUGUAGGGUACAGUGAAGUAACGGGAUUUUAUAACAGAAGAACAAGAACUGGGCCUGAGAGGAGAAAUUAUAUAGAGAGGAAGACGUGAUACCACAGUUCACAUCAAAAACCUCCUAGCUGUGAAAUAAGGAUGGGGCUGACAUUACAGGAGGUCCUAGUAAGGGCUCUGAAGAAGCUGGAGGAUUCAAGUUUCCAGAGAUUCAUACAGAAACUGAGUGUCUGGGAAGUCAGAGAAGAAUAUAAGAAUAUUCCUAAAGAUAAACUGACCGGGAAAGAUCCAGAACACGUCGCUGAUCUGAUCAAUAGAUAUUACAGAUAUGGCUAUGGGGCUGAGGUGACCCUGAGUCUUCUAGAGGACAUAGGGGAGAAGAAAGUCCGGGAGGAACUCCAGCAGGACCUGAGGGAAGUGGAUUUUUCAGGACAUGGACUUGGAACCACAAUGUUUACAGACAGGGUGAACUUUAUAUUCAAUCACCGAUCAGAUCUUAUCAGAUGGAUAUCGGAUAUAGAUCCAGUUCUAUGUGGUCUCCGGAGCCAAGGUCUACUGACUGAGGAACAAUACAAUGAUGUGAUGGAAGAGAGAACAUCUAAAGAGAAGAUGAAAGCUCUGUGUGAUAUCAUCAGUCACUGGGAGGACACUGGGAAGUAUACAGCAUAUACACUUCUCAAACAACACAAUGGAAAAAUCAUCAAGGACUUGGAAGAAGAGACUAAGAUAAGGAAAAAUCCUCUGUUCUAUGCCUUGGACAGGGUAAAUUUUAUAGGUCAUCAUCGAUCAGAUCUUAUUAGCAGGAUAACAGAUGUAGAUCCAGUUCUACGUGGUCUCUGGGACCAUGAUCUACUGACUGAGGAACAGUACAAUGAUGUGAUGGAAAAGAAAACAUCCCGGGAGAAGAUGGAAGCUCUGUGUGAUAUCAUCAGUCACUGGGAGAACACUGGGAAGUUUACGGCAUAUACACUUCUCAGGAAAUACAGUAAAGAAUUAAUCAAACACUUGGAAGCACAAGCAAUGAAGAUAAGAAUUUUACAUCACGGGGGCUGUAGAUUCAUAGACAUUCACCAAUCAGUUCUUAUUAAAAGGAUAUCGGAUGUAGAUCCAGUUCUGCAUGAUCUUCGGAACCAAGGUCUACUGACUCAGGAACAGUACAAUGAUCUACUGGAAAAGAGAACAUCAGAGGAGAAGAUGACAGAUCUGUGUGAUAUUAUCAGAUAUUGGGAGGAUACUGGAAAGGAUGAUGCUUUCAUAGUUCUCCGAAAACACAACAGAGCACUUUUCAAAGACAUGGAAGCAGAGGACAAUAUAAGGAGAAUGGAUCUGUUAAAGAUCAGGUUAGAUAAAGAUCACUUUGUGAACAGACACAGGUAUGAUCUGAUUUAUAAUAUAAAGGAAGUGAACCCAGUUUUAGAUGAUCUUCAAUCCAAUCAUCUGCUGACUGGAGAACAGUAUGAAGAUCUACAAGCGAUGACCACUCCUGUAGAAAAGAUGAGACGUCUAUGUGAUAUUCUCUGCCAUCAGUCAGACACAAUGAAGGAUCAGUUCUACAAUUCUCUCUGGAGAUACAACUACACCGCCAUCAGUGAUUUAGAAAAAACAGAUGAGACAUCAAAAUCGGCAAAAUCUUACCACAUGUCACGAGCUGGAGAUAAUUUCAUAGACAAACACAAAGAGGAUCUGAUUGAACGAAUACAAAAUGUGCUCCCAGUUAUAGGGGAUGUGUAUCGUGAAGGUCUGCUGAAUAAAUAUGAGCAAAUUUAUAUAACGUAUAUAUCAGAUCCAAAGACCAUGAUGAGACGUCUGUAUGACAUCAUCAGACACUGGGAUGAUGAUAAUAAGAAGGAGCUUAUUCAAAUUUUGUACAAGCACAAUCCCAGCCUCAUUGAAGAUUUGACAAUGCUGGAAGGUUUUUCCAAAUUAAAGGAACCUGAAACAAGUGAGAAGAACGUGAAGCCGUGGACGAGUUGUGUGAAGAUGACUGGAGGAGACAUCAGCUGUAAACUUUGUGGAGAGCAGACACAGGAUUCCGCCUAUUCAGUUAGUCCUAUUGGCAGUAUAUACCGAUUGGAGCUCAAAUCUUCCGGUCUCUACCGCUGCCAGAAGACUGGAAUCAAAUUCCUGGUGAAAGGUCCAGUUGUCAUUGAAUAUAAACUGGAUUCUUGGAGCGAUCAUUUGAAACACAUUUCAGGAAAUCCUUAUGAGAUUUUGGGUCCACUAUUUAACAUACUGAACUGUGGGGAACCUAAUGCCGUGUCAGCCGUGUACCUACCUCAUUACCUGUGUUUAAACGUAUUUGAUGAAGACCUAUCACAGAUUAAAUGUGCUCACUUUAGAGAUGGAAACAUGACCCUGGAGUCACCGGCACAGAUUGAACCGUACUAUAUCAAGUUAGAGAAUCCCACAUUUUCCUGUCUGGGACCUCUGCUGUCACUUAUAAAGAAAAAGCUCCCGAUACAUGGAAGCGUCUUCAUUUACUUCAGGAUUCUAUGUAAAGGUUAUCCUUAUGAGGAAUACAAAAUCCAUCUCUAUGUACUAACCUAUUCCACAAAUGCCGAAAAGAUCCUUGACAAAAAAAACAAAAAAUGUGGAUUUCAGAGAAUCAGAAAACCUGAGCACACCGACACUGUAUAUACUAAAAUAAGAUACCUCAUCACCGGCAAUCCGGGAGUAUUGGCUCAUCCUAAGACUCUGAAGUUUGAUUCAGAACGCUAUCAGUUUACAGAGCUGAGACUUAAGGAAAAAGAUGUAGAUACUUAUCUGAGUGUAUCAGAAGAGACCUCUGAGGACACAGUCUGGGACGCUCACCUGACACAAGGUGAUAUAAAGGACAUUGCACAAUUAUUAUCAUCACUGACAAUCCGUGAAGUUGCAGGUGCCUGUCCUUCACCGCAUCACUUUGUGGAUGGACACAGAGACGCCCUGAUACAGAGGACAACAAACAUCGAUCCAGUCCUCGAUAAUCUGCUGAGCCAGAGACUGCUGGGUCAGGAGCAGUAUAACACCUUGCGCCAUUUAAGACCUCGCCAGGAGGCGAUGAGGCAGCUCUAUGAUUAUAUGACAAGCUGGGGUCACAGCGACAAGGAGAAGUUUUAUCAAGCCCUACAGAUGCACAAUGGGCGUCUCAUCAGAGAUCUGGAAAAUGAAGACCCCGCCGUAUAGAUGUAAAAACUCCUAAUCUGGAGUCUCUUCCAAUGUGUUUACAUAUAGUUUGUAAGGCUGAAA